AUGGGUCGCACCCGCUGCGAGUACGAUGCCGGUCCCGACGUCACACGCUUCGCCGCCCUGAAAACAAAGCACGAGGAGCUUCAACGCCGCCUUUCUCUUUUUGAAGAGCUAUUCCGCCUUCUGUCCACACGCUCCGAGCCGGAAUCCGUCGAAAUCAUCAGGCGGAUACGGACAUUAAAUAUAGAAACCGAUCUGGACGACCUGGUCAAGUUUAUCAAGAACGCAGAUCUGCUCAUCCAGCUGGCUUCUACACAAGCCGAGCCUCCUACGUCGGGGACACCCACGAACCACCAAGACCCUCCUGCCGAGGAUCUUUCCUCCCUGCUCGAGCUAUUAUAUUAG